AUGUCCCGUCGUGAGCGGAAGCGACGAGGCCGCUGGGAAACCUACAACUCCGAAUUCAACUCGGAAGAAGGUUUUUCGAACAACUCUGUGGACAAGCACCAUAUUACAGUUCCAAAAGCCGCGUCUCAGAAUCUGGGAGGUGAGAAUGUUGCAGUCAUCACGGAUGAAUUUGGUGGCAAGGACUAUCGGUCCGAUAUGCCCUUGAAGGCUGAUCAUGCAUCUCGUCCAUUAUGGGUAGCUCCAGAUGGGCAUAUAUUUCUCGAGUCGUUUAGUCCUGUUUACAAGCAUGCACGGGACUUCCUGAUCGCAAUAUCUGAGCCUGUCUGUCGACCUGAACAUAUUCAUGAGUACCAACUUACUGCAUAUUCCUUAUACGCGGCAGUUUCUGUUGGGUUACAGACGAAUGAUAUCAUUGAAUAUUUGGAGCGACUUAGCAAAAGCUCUCUACCGAAGGGAAUCGUCGAGUUUAUCAAGAUGUGCACUCUCAGCUAUGGGAAAGUGAAGCUGGUGUUGAAACAUAAUCGCUAUUUUGUUGAGUCUCGCCAUUCAGACGUUAUCCAAAAAUUACUGAAAGAUAAAGUGAUACAGUCAUGCAUACUUGAAGAGGAGAAACCAGUAGAAGAAACUCAGACUCAAAUUGAAAAGAUCAAUUUCCCUCAAGAACAAAAGAAAGAAGAGGACAAAAAGCCAGAAAGUGGUGAUGAUGUGAGUACCUGUAGUGCAUUUCUGUUUCAGGUCCCUGAAGAUAUUGGGGAAUUGUAUGGUAAAAUGGAUGGAGAUGACGAAGAAGAUGCGGAGAUUCGCAGCCUGCAAUUGCUCACAUUCGAGAUUAAGCAGGAAAGCAUUGAAACGGUCCAAAAGCGUUGCAUCGAAUUGGAAUAUCCACUAUUGGCGGAAUACGAUUUUCGAAACGACACCAUGAACCCGAAUCUCGGCAUUGAUCUGAAACCAUCGACAACUCUACGUCCAUACCAAGAGAAAAGCUUGCGUAAAAUGUUCGGAAACAGUCGUGCAAGAUCUGGAGUAAUUGUACUGCCUUGUGGUGCAGGAAAAACCCUUGUUGGUGUCACUGCAGUCACUACGGUCAACAAGCGCUGUCUGUGCCUUGCCAACUCCAAUGUGUCUGUGGAGCAGUGGAGAGCUCAGUUCAAGCUGUGGUCUACAAUUAGCGACAAGCAAAUUGUCAGAUUCACGCGUGAAGCGAAGGAUACAGUACCGCAUGGUCCCGAUGCGAGCAAGCCUGUCGUUUGUAUCAGUACCUAUUCGAUGGUGGCCUAUGCAGGGAAACGAACCUUUGCUGCUGAAGAGGCGAUGAAGUUCAUUGAGAGUCAGGAAUGGGGACUACUCUUGUUGGACGAGGUACACACAAUCCCUGCGAAAAUGUUUCGUCGAGUGUUGACCAUUGUGCAAGCUCAUUGUAAGCUCGGGCUUACUGCCACACUUGUUCGAGAAGAUGACAAAAUCACCGAUCUCAAUUUCCUCAUAGGACCAAAAAUUUACGAGGCGAAUUGGAUGGAGCUUCAAAAAGCUGGUCAUAUUGCUAAAGUGCAGUGUGCUGAAGUUUGGUGUCCGAUGACUUCAGAGUUCUAUGCAUACUAUCUGAGAGCUCAGAUUGCUCGACGUUUGUUACUAGCCGUGAUGAAUCCCAACAAAUUUCGUAUUUGUCAGUUCCUAAUCAAAUUCCACGAGCGCCGUAAUGAUAAGAUCAUCGUCUUCUCAGACAACGUGUUUGCGCUUAAAAAGUACGCCAUCGAGAUGAACAAGCCUUUCCUUUAUGGAGAAACCAGCCAAAAUGAGCGGAUGAAGAUUCUGCAGAAUUUCCAAUACAAUCCACGUGUGAACACAAUCUUCGUUUCUAAGGUGGCAGACACAUCGUUCGACUUGCCUGAGGCUAACGUUCUUAUUCAAGUCUCGGCACAUGGCGGUUCGCGAAGACAGGAAGCGCAACGUUUGGGUAGAAUUCUACGUGCCAAGAAACAUUCCACAGAUCAGUUCAAUGCGUUCUUCUAUUCACUUGUAUCUCAGGAUACCGUCGAAAUGGGUUAUUCACGUAAAAGGCAAAGGUUCUUGGUAAAUCAAGGUUAUGCCUACAAGGUUGUUAACAGACUCCCCGGAAUGGAGAAAGAGGAUCUCAAACUCGGAACGAAGGAGGCUCAACUACAACUUCUGCAACAAGUGCUUGCCGCAUCAGAUGCAGACGCUGAGGAAGAAGAUGUCAAGGAAGAAAUGGCUGAUGGAACCAUCAAAGUACUCUUCCAUUUUUUUUGA